AUGGGAGCUAACAGCUCAAAAUAAAAUUUUGAAUUAUUAAACGAAUACAAUUUUCUCAAUAUUGCACAGGAUGAUGGAUAUGGAGAAAUUCAACUAUUUAGUAAUAAAACAAAACGAACCGAUUAAAUGGCACUCAUAAAAUUUUACGAUCAAUCAGAUAUGGAAAAAAGGGCUAACAUUAUUCAAUUGAGGUAUAUAAUGAUGUUAUGUAGAAAAUAAUAAAACAAUCAAUACUUUACAAAAAUAUUGGAUUAUUAGGUGCAAACAACAGAGGAUUUAUGCAGCAAUAUAAAUCUUUUGCAUGUUGGAUUGGAAUAUUUAGAAAAAAGCUUAUAAGAUGAUAUCUUAAAUCGAAGAGCCAAUGAUAGAACUUAUAAUGAGGGAGAACUUUGGUAUUUGGCAUAAACCAUUCUUUCUGGCUUGAAAGAUCUAUAAAUAAAUAAUCUGUAAUACCAUGACUUGCAUCCAAACAAUAUAAGAAUCAAACUAAAUGGUGAAGUUAAGCUAUUAGAAUUAUGUUGUUUAGCUAAUCAAUAAAGUGCCUAUCAAAAAGUCUUUACUCAAUUGAGGGAAGUUGAAUACCUUACUCCUGAGCAAUUGUAUGUAUUGGAAAAUGAACGUUAAAAUGAUAAAUAAGAAUAUUCUAUUGAAAAACAAAAUGUAUUUAUACUAGGUGUUAUUUUCUUGGUAUGCAUAACUAAUAUGGAUGUGAAAAAAUUCUAUAAUAAUUUUACUUUUAAUUCUGAGCUAGCUAAUUAAAAACUGAACAGUACAUUUGAAAAGUACAAUUACUCUGAUCCAAUGAAACACUUAUUAAAAGAUUUAUUAUAACUCAACACAUAUCAUAGACCUUCAUAUCUUGAAAUCUUAGAUAAAAUAUCUCACGUGGAUUCCAAUAGAAUAUCUCCAAAUUUAUAUGCAUUGAAUAUGCAAGAUCAAGCUAUUAAAUCAACAUUGCGUAUUAAGAGUUAGAAUAAUUUCUCAUAAGAGUAAAUUAUAGAAAGCUAGCCUCAAUCUCUUUAUGAGUAACACAACCUUAUUAAUGAUUCCUUUAAUAGAUAGGUCACAUCUAAUUUCUAAGCUAAUUUAGAAUCUGCUCCUGUUGCUGAAGUAAACAAAUAAAACAACUAUGAUUUCGAAAUUACUACUCAAUCAAAAUAUGAGUCCAAUUAUCAAUAGACUCAUAUCACUUCAUAAGGUGGAUUGGAUAAAAUUCGAUAACUAAAAGAAAGAUUCCAAGUUCUAAAAGGAGAGGCUGUUUAAUAAUAAUAAGCUGCCACAGUUCCUACUACAUUUACUCAUCAAGAUGAUACUGAAACCUAUAGAAUUUCAAACUAAAAUAUUCAAAAUCCGUAUCAACCAAACUUUUUAGAUAUGGACCCUGUCAUAUAAAGAGCUCUUCAAAAAAGUAGAGAGGUAAUGUCCAAAUGCAACCCGUAUUAAACUACUGAUCCAUAUGUUCCCAUUCUACCAUAAACAAAUAACUCAUUUUUACCUUAACCUGGAAUGCCAUCCAAUAUUCAACCAAUUUAGACUAUACCUUUAGGAAACUCUUAACUAAAUUAAUAUUUUCAAACUUCGUAAUUAAAUCCUCAAUUCCAAUCGCAAUUUAACUAAUAUAAUCAAAUAAAUUAAGCAUAACCUCCACCCUAAUUAUUGUAAUAAUCACAAUUUUAAAAAUAACCGUCCUUUUCACAAUCAUUUUCUCCAUACAUUUAAUAGAAUGAAUAAAUAUCGCCUUUGAAAUAACCAGCCAUAUCCCAAUAUAUCCAGUAAUAAACCAUACCACCUCCAUCAUUUAACUAAUAAUAAUCCAUGUAUCAACCAUAUGUUAGGAAUGAUAGAUUUUCAUGA